AUGGGCGAUGUUGCUCGCGGCUUUGCGUCUGGUUUCGGGGUUGGCGGUGUUGUCGAAGAUGAGCUGGGUGAGCGUUGUCGCGGCGUCGUCGGCGGCGCAGCGGGCGAGGACUUUGGCGCGCUGCUCGUGGAGUCGGGCGAGGCGUUCGAUGGCUUCGCGGAUGUGGGGCUGCGCGAGGCGGCGCUCGAGUUCGGCGUAGGAGAUUCCCAUUUCGGCGCGGGCGGCUCGGAGGGAGAUUUCGGGGUCGGUGAAGAGGUCGAUGAGCUUCGCGUCGUCUUCGGUGAUGCGGUGCGCUGCCGUUGGUGUCGUCAUGGGGUGGACCAUACGACGCCGUGGGCGGGGGUCCAAGUGGAUUCUUUGGAGUGUUGGAUAGUUGCGCAGGGGAGGCGUGUCGCGGAUGAGGAGGAGCAUCGUGGAACGGGAGCGAUUGAUGCGGCGGUGGAUGGGGACGAGGUUGUGGUGGCGCCGGGGGUGUACUUCGAGAAGCUCACGCUUCAGGGCAAAAAUCUGACUUUGACUGGAGUGCAAACAGCUCUCGACGGAACAGACCUCGGCGGUAACAGCAUGCUCUAUCUGAGCGGCGUCGGCGACAGCACUCUCAUUCGCGGGAUUACCUUUCAGAAUUCAACGGGUGCCAGCACGCGAGGCGGGGGAAUCACUGUCGAACAUUCGGGCAGCCCGAUUUUCAUGGACUGUGUGUUCCAAUCGAACUGGUCACCAUGGGGCGGAGCGGCACGCGUUGAUUUUCAGAGCGAACCGAUUUUCGUGAAUUGCCAGUUCGUCAAUAAUGUCGCGAACUUCGCCGGCGCGAUCUUCGUCACUGGGCAAAGUGUUCCGCAGAUUUACAAUUGUGUCUUCAAAGGAAACUCGGGAGGUCUUUCUGGAGGCGCGAUGUGGAUUCUUAGUGGUUCUUCGACAAUUGCUGGCUGCCUCUUUGCGGACAACCGUGCGAGGGAUGGCGGAGCAAUAACCAACAAUGGUGCAUCUAGGAUAAUUUCUUGCACUUUUACUGGAAACGAAUCAUACGGCGCGACAGGUGUAAACGGCGGGGGGAUACUCAAUGGCAAUUCUGCAUCAAAUAUCCCGGUCAUUGCGAACUGCAUCCUAUGGAACAACAUCCCGAAUCAGCUCGACGCCUAUCGCGGGACGAUUGUGCAUGUAGCCGCCUGCAUCGUAGAAGGCGGCGCCUUCGGCCAAGGAAUACUUGACGCCGACCCCCUGUUCGCCGAUCCGGAUACGUGCGACUAUUCGCUGCUCCCCGGAUCUCCAGCGAUCGACGCGGGGCUGAACGACGAGUUGCCUCCGCAGAUCGCUAUAGACCUGAAUGGCGAUCCACGCUUCGCCGACGACCCGUGCUCGCCGAACACCGGCGCGGGGGACGGGCCGAUCGUCGAUAUUGGCGCGCAGGAAUUCCAGGGCACUUCCGAUUUCUGUGCGGGCGACUGCGACUCGAGCGGCGCGGUCGACUUCAACGAUCUCGUCGAGAUGCUCUUUGCGUUCGGUCCGUCGGACGAAUGCAGGUGCGACGCGGACGAGUCCGGCACGGUCGAUUUCAACGACCUCGUCGCGGCGCUGGGAAUCGCUAUGCAACGCCUCGCUGCCCUUGCCGUUUGCCUGCUCCCGGCGCUCGCGCACGCCGCGGUCAUCAAUGUUCCCGCGGACCACGCGACGAUCCAGGGGGCGAUCGACGCGGCGGUGAGUGGCGAUGAGAUCGUUCUCUCUGCUGGGACCUAUUCCGAGGAGCUCGAUCUUGGAUCGAAGAAUCUAAUUCUCCGCGCCGCUGCGGGUGAGCGCGGAGCCGUCGUCCUCGAUGGACAGAACUCGUUCAGGAUCAUGUCGAUCACCGGCGGGCAGGGCUCGUCGACACUAAUCGAUGGGAUCACCUUCACGAACGGCCACGCCGAAGAUGCUGGCGCGCUCGAAAUCAUCGGCGCCAGCCCGACUCUGCGCCGAUGCACGUUCGUCGCCAACACAUCACAGGAGGACGGCGGAGCGCUCGCUGUAUUCGGUUCUAACGCGACCUUUGCAGAUUGCCUCUUUGAAAACAACACCGCUCUGGAUGAUGGCGGCGCGAUCGUCAUCAGUUUUUCCGAGGCGGCAUUCGACCGAUGCGUCUUCCGCGGGAAUCAGGCGUCGAGUGACGGGGGCGUUUUCAACUGUUCCGGUUCUGCCAACCACACUGUGUCGAAUUCGCUUUUCGUUGGAAACCACGGCGCCACUGGCGGAGCGGUCUUCGUGCUCGAGAGUGAUCCGACGUACAUCAAUUGCACGUUUGUCGAGAACACGACCGUGUUCAGCGGUGAUUCGUUCGAUCUGUCUGAUACCCCGGGGGGAACAGUCACGGUGACGAAUUGCAUCCUCUGGAACGGUGAUUCAGAUGAGAUUUCCGGCAUGGGGGUCGCGAUCGUCAAAGACUCCGUCGUCCAAGGCGGAUUCAUGGGCAUGGGCGUCAUCGAGAACGAUCCUCUUUUCGUCGAUCCAAUGACCGCGGACUUUCGGCUUGCUUCCGCAUCGCCGGCACUCGACGAGGGCGACAAUACGGCCGUCCCGGGGGGCGCCCUGACCGAUCUCGACGGCAAUCCGCGCGUCGUCGGCGGCAUAGUCGAUCUCGGCGCGUACGAGUUCCAAGGCGCGACCGUCUGCGCGGGCGACUGCGACAACUCCGGUGCCGUCGACUUCAAUGAUCUCGUGAGCAUGCUCUUCGAGUUCGGGAACAUGAGCGAUGCGCGGUGCGACGCGGAUUCGUCCGGGUCGGUUGAUUUCAACGACCUUGUCGCGGCGUUGUUCCUGUUCGGGCCUUGCGCCUGA